CACUCCAAAAGAACCAAAACCCCUUUAUUAUUUAUUUCGUCUGGAAAUUCAACCAAUUUCCUCUCUAGUUAGGGCUUGAUGUUGAUAAUUGCAGCAUGAUUAACAUGAAUUCACAAGAGUUGAACUACUUGGUCUACCGUUAUCUUCAUGAAUCAGGAUUCACACAUACUGCCUUCACAUUGGGUUACGAGGCUGCACUGAACAAAAGUACAAUAGAUGGAAAUCUGGUUCCACCGGGUGCCCUUGUUACAUUUGUGCAGAAAGGAAUACAGUAUCUUGAACUUGAAGCAAACCUAUCAUGCAAUGACUCUGACAUUGACGAAGAUUUCUCGUUCAUACAACCGAUCGAUCUUAUCACAAAAAACGUUUACGAACUACAACAAAUGAUAAACGAGAAGAAACAAAACGCGCAGAAAGCUAAAACGCGCGAGAAAAACAAAGGCAAUCGGGAGCCAGAGCAAGAACAUUCUCGAGAAAAAGACAAAGAAAGUUCUAGAGAGAAGGAGAAAGAAAUCGAACAAGAACAUGUUAGAGAAAGAGAAAAGGAACGGCAACGUGUUAGAGAACGAGAACGAGAAAAGAAAAUGGAAAUUGAAAUUCAUCAAGAACGGGAAAAAGAAAAACAAAUACGGGACAAAGAGCGUGAACUCGAGAGAGAGAAAGUAGAGAGAGAAAAAGAUAAGGCGAAACAAAAAGAAAAGGAAAAGAAAAACGAGGAUCUUGAUGAUGCGCAUCGUGAAGAGGAUAAAACACAAGUCAAACAGGAAGAAAAUGUGACCACAGAAGUAGGACCGGAACCAAUGGAAGUUGACAACAAUUUAACGCCUUUGUCUUCUCUUAUUCCCAACUCUGACGUGACCGUUUUAGAAGGUCAUACUUCUGAGGUUUUUGUAUGCGCAUGGAGUCCAACCGGUUCUCUUUUGGCCUCCGGGUCGGGAGAUUCUACAGCUAGAAUCUGGACCGUUGGUGAUGGACCGUGUAGCUCAAAUUCACAAAAAGGGCCCCUAAGUGUUGCGGUUUUAAAACACUACAGAGGUAGAACAAAUGAUAAGAGUAAAGAUGUAACGACUCUAGACUGGAAUAGUGAGGGUACACUUCUUGCAACUGGUUCGUAUGACGGUCAAGCCAGAAUAUGGAGUAAAGAUGGGGAGCUUGUAAACACAUUAGCAAAACAUAAAGGACCGAUAUUCUCUCUGAAGUGGAACAAAAAAGGAGAUUAUCUUCUAAGUGGCAGUGUCGACAAAACCGCAAUUGUAUGGGACAUUAAGACCGGAGAAUGGAAGCAACAGUUUGAAUUUCACGCAGCACCUACUCUUGAUGUCGAUUGGCGUAAUAACGUCUCAUUUGCAACAUGUUCGACCGACAACAUGAUUUAUGUUUGUAAAGUUGGAGAUAACCGGCCUGUUAAAACUUUUGCAGGGCAUCAGGGUGAAGUUAAUGCUAUCAAAUGGGAUCCUACGGGUACACUUCUGGCUUCAUGCUCAGACGAUUCCACUGCAAAGAUAUGGAGCUUGAAGCAGGAUACAUGCUUGCAUGAUUUAAAGGAGCAUACAAAGGAAAUAUAUACCAUCCGAUGGAGCCCAACGGGUCCGGGAACCAACAACCCUAACCAGCCUUUAGUGUUGGCGAGUGCAUCAUUUGACUCUACCAUAAAGCUAUGGGAUGUCGAAACCGGGAGACUUCUCCACAAUCUAGUUGCCCAUGGGGAUCCUGUAUAUUCUGUCGCAUUUAGCCCGAACGGGGAGUAUUUGGCAAGCGGGUCAUUGGAUAAAUGCAUGCACAUAUGGUCUGUGAAAGAAGCAAAGGUAGUGAAAACAUAUAUGGGAAGUGGAGGGAUCUUUGAAGUUUGCUGGAACAAAGAAGGCGAUAAGAUCGGGGCCUGUUUUUCAAACAAUGUAGUUAUUGUCUUGGACUUCCGAAUGUAACGUUUUCUAAGUUCUUGUCGUUGUUUCCUGGAGGCUGUGUAUCUUGAGAAAGUUUGUUUAGUUGUAGGUAAUUUGGUAUCAUUUAUUUAGUAACUUUAAAUUGUAGUUUUGUUUGGUAUAAAGUCUCUUUGCUGGAAGUUGCUUUCUCA